AGUACUUGUGGUUGAAGCCCAGAAGCUGCGGUCAGAAUUGGUUCAGAAACGGUCAGAAGUUCCGGUAAGAAGGUGCAGUCAUGCAGAAAGUAUCUGUGGUCCUGUUGGUGGGAGUCCUGAUGGUGCUGGUGACUCUGUGGGCUGGAGUGGACACAGCCCCCACCCUGCUCACUGACAGAGGUAAGGAGGUAAGGAGGGAGGGAGGGAGGGAGGGAGGGAGGGAGGGAGGGAGGGAGGGAGGGAGGGAGGGAGGGAGAUGGGUCAGAGUCGAGGUAUAAAGGGAACAUGGAGGGAACAUAUGAUGGAGAGAAAGGAUGGAAGAGAAUGGAAGGAGGGAGUAGGAAGGAAUGCUGAGAUUGAGUGGCUGAAGGGAGAGAGUGAUGGGAUGGGACAGAGAAGGUGAAGGAAGAGAAGGAUGGACACAUCAUGGUUAAGGAUGAAGAUGGCUGAAUGAAAGUAUUCAGGGAGAAUAGAGGAAGAAUUUGUUGCUCACACUCCUCUCUGCCUAGAAUAGACUUUCCUCGCCCACACAAUGCUGAAUUAUCCUGUGGGGUAUGUACACACACACACAAACAAAUGCAAGCAAGCAAGCACACACACACACACACACAAACAAAUGCAAGCAAGCACACACACACACACACACACACACAAAGCCGCUCGUGUCCACUCUCAACUCCGACACUAGCUGACAUUGGUACGUGGGGAUUCCAUGGCGUUGCUAUGGGACCGUUGUGACGUCAGGGGCGUGUAUGACGUUCAGAGGGUAUUUUGGUGGCCACAUAACAAUACGGCUCAGCUGACAGAGUGACCCUCUGAAGACAGGGACAGAUAGAAAGCUGAGAAAGGGAAAUGCGUCAUCAUCCUGAAUCAUUAUGAGAGGCAUUAUGCCAGGUGUUGGAUAUGACACUGCAGACCAGUGGAGGCUGCUGAUGGGAGGACGGCUCAUAAUAAUGGCUGGAACGGAGCAAAUGGAAUGGCAUCAAACACAUAGAAACCAUAUAUUUGAUACCAUUUCACCAAUUCCGCUCCAGCCAUUACCACGAGCCCAUCCUUCCCAAUUAAGGUGCCACCAACCUCCUGUGCUGCAGACCACAGAAUGUUCAUGUGUGUCUGUAAUGUUGUCUUUCAGGAGACAUACAGCUACCAGGUCCAGCUAUGGGCGACUCAAUUGUGCAAGAGAGAGCGGAACCAUCAACGGUCAACACUUCAAAACUACUGAAGACCAUACUGAUGACCACCAUCCCUGUUGGUCGAGAAAAGACAUCCACACCCACCAGCAGUCUGAAUAGACGAUUGAAGAUGAAUCCAGUGACGAGCAGCCCAGGUAGACGAGCCCAGAUCCUGAAGAUGCUGUCGGCGCUGGAGGAACUCAGCAGGACGAUCAACAGCACCCGGAGCACACGGAUGACCAUGAUGCCCAGAGGGUCAGCAAACGGCAGAAAUUCAGGAAAGAAGAAGAAAGCGGUAAAUCAAUGCUGUUUGUGUUUAUGAUAUUCCUACCUGCCUUGGGAUAGAAUAGUUACUUUCACACCAGAAUGUGUUUUAGAAAGUAUUGAAAUCAAUGGGAGUGAUAGGAGCAACCAUUACAUUUUCAAAAUUGUAUGACCAAAUCAACUCAACAUUGAAAUGUUACAUUAAAGGUGAUUUGGCUCCCUUUUUUUUUACAUUGCACUGUUGCCCCAUUACGUCCAUUGAUCGCUAGUUAGCGAUUGGCUAAAGUUAGCUGAUGUUUGUAAUGCAGUUUCUCUUCGCCCGUAGACUACUUUCAGGUUGAGGAACCAUCUUACAAUAAGUUGUAAACCUGAACUUCUCCUUUAUUAAGUAUUAAAUACUGUACCUGUGAUACAUCAUUUGAAAGGAUCCUCCUGCCUGCUUGAAACUGAAGUGUGGCUUCAUCUAUUCCUGUACUGAAGGUAGCUGCGGCAGAUACAGUGAAAACCACCACAGUGCCUCCUGUGGAUGUUGGAGGUAACGUCACUGCAUCCCGUCCCAGCACUGACGGAAUAGACCCCAGCAGCCUGAGUGGCCGAAACUUCAAGAAGUCCCUGCCACCGCAACCCAAGAAGCCCAGCAACAAGAGAGGUGACAGCAAGGGGUCAAAAGUCAAUUAGGAAGUGUUUGUCACUGGUUUCCUGUCUUGUCAUAUUUGUUAAUAUUUGAAGUUAUUUCAACUUUCUAAUCUCGUUCUCUUUCUCUCCAACAGUGUGUUUCUGGAAGUACUGCUCCCAAAACUGAUCCUCCACAGACCCCUGUAAACAUCCAUGGUACCCUCCAAACCGACGUUCACCCCAUCCUACCCCCACCCUACACCGGGCACUAGGCAACCAACGCGGCGAGGCAUUGGAGGCCCGGCGCCACCAUUGACCUUUUCAUUGGCUCAUCAAUAACAGUACUGACCAAUCAGAUUGCCCCACCAUCGACGUGUGUACUUGUGCCUAUGUGCACGAAAGUCUGUUAACCCUUUAU